UUUCCGCGCGCGCGUGCGUGUGUGUUUGUCCCACUGUGACACCUCCUUUGCAGGGACCGCUGCUGUGCCCGAGAGACGUCUGAGAUGGGUCUCAGUCACCGAGAUUGGCAUAUAGGCAGGCAGGGACCCCGUCACUAAGACUCACUCCAGAAACUCAAAGCACACCUGAUCCACCGCCCCUGGAAGUUCUGCGGCGUUAGAACCAGGCUGUAGCAGCUACCGGAGAUCAGAGCGGAGCUUGUCUUAGCUCCGGACUCCGUGGCUCCCCUGGACCUGGCCUCCACUGCCCAGGAGCUUAAUAGGAGAGGAAUCAGAACUGCUGCAUCUCUCAGACUGGCUUUUCAAGCAGUUUUCAGCCUUUGCUUUAAAGCAUUUGCUCUGGGAAGCAGUUUGCCAAGUGUACUUUUAGUAGGAGAAAAGCUCCAUGUACUAGUAUAUAGCUGAUGAUGGAGAAUUCUGACAUCUGUAAAUCAUGUUGGAUUAAGAACAAAUGACUGUUUUUCUGUUUCUUGAAAACGGUGUCAUUGGUGUUUGAAUGGACUGAGGGCCUGAGAGCUCCAGUGAGCUUAUUGUCCCUCACAGGGUCCAACACUCAGCAGUGUUAUUUUUCCCAUGUUUUUUGUACCUUUGUGUGUGCAAAAGGAUUAUAACUUGCUUAGAAUAUCCCAUUUUAAGUUGCCCCCCUCUAACCAGGCAAGCAGCUUCCAGAGACCCCAUUCAGGGCAGACUGCAAUAAAUUGGAUGUCAAUUUUCCUUAAAGGUUGAAUACUUCUAGAAUAGACACAGUCCUGGUGCGUUUAAACAAACAUACUAUUAUUAAAAAUGCAUUUAGGCAAGGUGGUUAUGCUUUGGGAUUGGCCAUUUGUAUUACCUGUCUGGCCUUCAGGAUUGUGCUAGCUGGGAGCUAUUUGCUUUCUUUCUGAAUUAUCUAGCUUCUGGCUCAUCCUUUUUUAAUGUGAGGUUGUAAAUACUCAGUCCAGGCUAAUAGCCACUGGCUAACCUCAAUGAUAAAUCUUUUAUUCAAAAGCUAUAAAUCUUAUUCAGUAGCUGUAAAUCUAACUGUUGAAAGUCUUUGCUGUGAUGCAUGACUUAUAGUUCUCCUUGAAAAGGUUAGACCUCUCUGAAGGCAGAGGUAUCAGUUAUCACUGUACUAUCAGCUUUCCACUUUCUGCCUCAAUAGGAAAGAUGAGGGGGAUGGAUAAUCUUGAAGAUCCUUAGUAUUUUGACUUGAGGAUGCAACCAGAAACAAAUCCUUCUACCUGAUGGGAAAGCUCUCUUUCUUGAAGUGGUUCACCCAUACUCCCACAGUUCCCUUAUUUAGAACAGUACAGGAUAUUACCAAGAUUAUGUCACCAGAUAUUACAUAGCCUUUAGUGAAUCUUGGCCCCUCCUCUCCCUAUUGUGAGUGCCUUUAGUCUCCUAAAAACAGACCUCAAGGGGGAAAAAAAGAGAAAAUAUGUUUAUUAUUGGAAAGUAUAAAUGGCUGUUUUUAAUGUUGAGUGCUGCAAUGUGGAAAGUGACAAAGUCUAAAGUCACUCUGAUUCAGUGACCUCAUCAUGUUUAGUUUUACUUUCGUGGAAAGAAAACAUCAUGGCAACUGGUGAUGGGCACUGCAGUUGGCAUUCAGGGGGAAAACCUGCCUCUGCCAGGUCUUACCGGAGUCGAACACCCUGCGGAGUGAUGUAACCGUAUGGUUUUUAUUAGCUCGUGGACAUCUUCACCAGCACAACGUCUGACUUCAACUAAACCAAAUGACAGAUUGACACCUUGUGGUGGCUAUGAAAGAAAACAUCCGCUGAAGCAAUCUACUUUCCCUUUCUUAUAAGGCUUAUUUUCUCUCUAGUUAAUAAUGGGCAACCUUAUUUCAGAAGAGGACCUUGGAAUUUUGAGGAGAGGAAAUGACACGAAGUUAGAGCAGUGAUAAAUAACAGCUCUUAAAAGACUGUUGACGCCAUGACAAUAAUGUUGUCAUAGUUAACUCUCCCAGUUAAUUCCAGGAGGUCGUAUUAAUACUUUAUACUCAUUUUCAAAUGUGGAAGUUGUAGCACAGAGAGGCUAAGUAAUUUAUCCCAAGCCACACAGCUAAAAAGGGGUGGAGUUGGGAUUUGAACCAAGGUCUCUGGCUCUAGAACUUGUGGCUUUCAACCACUAUCAAAGAAAAAGAAAGAGCCAUCUGUGACCUCCCUAAAAUGUCCUGUGUGACUGUUGUUUUCUUCUCCCAGGAAGUUUAAGACUUUAUUUCAUCCAAAGGAUUAUCCCUUUUUUUAAGACAGUAACUUUACAAAGUAAAAUGAAAUGCAGCUUUGGCAGUUAUUUGUUUAAUUUGAGCUACUUAGGUAGUAAAACCAGAUAAUUAUUAGAUUGUAAAGUCCUGGAGUCAGGAGUUAUCUUUUAGACACACUAUUGCUCUAAACACUAUAUAUUUAGCAUAGUCAGACUUAAAAAUGCUCACUGAGAGAUUUAUAAUCCAGCCACUAUAAGAUUGUUCUUUUCAACCAGAUUAUCUGGUUUGGCUACUUCAGGGAUCAUAAGGGCAGAACCACCAAGCCUCCACUCAUUUUGAACUUACACACCACUCUGGGUUGGCCACCUAGGUAUUUACAGUAAUCUUGAGAACUGUGGAAUGUCAGCUAUGUCUUCGGUGUACUUUUUUUUCAAGCUGUUGCUUUUGGUGAACUAGCAUACACCUUGUCUUUUUAUUUCUUGUUUGCAUUUUUAUUUGUUCAUAAGGAGGCUGCUGUCACUCUCAUAUUCACUUAAAAGUGAGUUUCUCUUUAAAGAGUCCCAUCUGAGGCUCUCCAAUAGUAAAUGGGAGGGGCUCCAUUUAUUAAGAGUUUUUCACGAGCUCCUCUGAAUACACAGAGCAUGUUCUGAAAUAUUGGGGAGCGGGCCGUGCCUUGAUGGCUGUGGUUUGCUCACGGAGGGCUUCCCUCCUGAGGGUCUGGGGGUGGAUUGCUGCUGCCUCUGCCAGGGGGGUAACUGAAGGGGGGGUGCACAGCUGUGUUUGAGCAGAGGCCCAAGGCCCCACCCAGUGUGUGCAGGCCCAGGCCUGGUCAGUGCCCAACAGGCACUGCCUGUUUGAUCUCUAAUAGCUGAGCAGCUUUGGUGGCUUGGCCAAAUUUCUGCACCCUGUGUGCUUCUAUUAAAAUUCUUCAUUAUUUGUCUAGUCUGCCAUUCAGCGAAUCCAUUCUUAAAUUUUGAAGGAAAUUACAGAUGGCACCCAUAAUAUAAAUAAGGAAACUACAUUCUGAAAUUCAGAUUCUUGUAUCCUGGUUGAAGGAGGAUAAGGUAGGUGAGGAAAACCAGAACAUACGUUGUAUACAAAGCUUUUGAGGGGCCUUUGAACAUAUUUUUAUUUUCUUAAGGUGGUUUGAAAACAGGUGAACACGUUCUCUUAGAUAUAGUCAAUGUAGUCAUUUAUGACCGAUAUAAUUCCUGAUUCUUUCCUGGCCCGGACAUUUUGCUUUUAAAUUUUUUAUUCUCCUCUAAAUGAGUUUUGCACAGUGUCCACAGUAGAGACUCCUGCCUUCUUUUUAAAUCUUGUGUGUGCUCUAUGAAUAUAAAAGCAUCAAAAGAUGUUUUGAAAAAAAAUUAACUCCUUGGUUAUGUAUUUAUUGAGCAAACCCAUUUUCAGAGCUAAAUGACUUACCUACGCAGAGCUCAAAGUCUUGGUAGACCUGAAGGUGUUCACCAAACCUAGCAAACUGCACAGUAACCAAAAGUCCCUCAGCAUAUCCUUUCCUUGCUGGAAUAUACAUCAGUCCUCUUCUGAGAAUUCAGCACUGGCUUCCUGUCUGCACCACCCUCCCCCCCAACUUCUAAAAAAAACUUCCUCUCCACUUUUCAAGCCUCUUUGCAAAUGCCCUCCUCUUUCGGGCCCUGGUGACCUUAUCAUCUCUCAUUUUUUUCAUUCGAGCAUUCUUUAUGCUUCUCUAAUACCAGACUUCUGUAGGGCCUGCCCCCACACACACACACCCACACAGACGUGACACAAAGAACGUCUUUUGACCGUGCUCUGGGAAACCUUGGUCCCUUGCUGCUCCCACUCAUUUGCCCCCGCCUCACUGUGGCUGCGUGACCUGGUUUGUCUGUCCCCUCCCAGGAGUCAGGUCUCCUCAUCCAUCCACUCAUGGAAAACAAUGAGAAGCCCCCACCUUUGUCUCCUUGACUGUCCUGUAAUUCCUACAACAGCCUUUCUGCUUCUCACCUCUGCCCUACUCUGUUCACACUGCCUUGCUCAUCACCUGCUUUCCAUCAAAUCACUAUCUGAAUGAUACCCGGAGCUCACAGAGGUUGACCACUGGAGCAGUCCACUGAGAACUAGAGACUCGCCCUUUAUGUGCAUGUAGAGGCAGACUGAUAAAGUCCUUGAAUAAAAGGUACGAUCCAGGAUCUAUUAGCGUCUUGGGGGCAAGGAGACCGGGGUGUGGCAUUAAGUGCUCUUGUAGGAGAGAUAAGACAGAGAGUGGGGUUUGGGAAAAGGCGUUUCUGUUUCCUGUGACAUGAUGCUCUCUAACCUUGGGCAAGUUAAUCUCUCAGAGCCUCAGUUUUCUUAUCUGUAAAAUAGGGAUGAUAACUGCAUCAUAGGAUUGUUCUAAAGCCUAAGCAAGAUAUUUGCCACGGUGAGGUUCUUACAUGGCUCCUGUAGGAAGUAGACAAUUCUAGUCGGAUCCAGCUCUUCUUAUGUAAGUAGAUGCCCAAUGGAUGUUGAAAGGAUAGUGUGGACUCAAGACUUGAUGGCAGGAUUAUGUCCAAGCCCCAGUCACUAGGUUACGAUGGUUGAGUGUUAUUGAAUAGUCCAUGGACCUGGAUGUGUCUUGUAGAAAUGCAGAUGCCAGAUACAGGGAUUUACUAGCACGCCUAUGUCCCCGCUUGCUAAUACAUUAAUGACCCUGUAUCUUCAUUGUUAAUAAGACUUGAUAUACAGGACCUUGCUCAUAGUAGGUACUCAACAAAUAUUGAAUUGAAUGUUAAAUUACAUAACAUACUUACACAAACACCCAUGAAAAGAGUCUUGCUGUAUGGCAUAGUGGAAAGUACAUGAGUUUUCUUCCAAAUCCCACUCGUUAUUUUCUAGCAGUAUACUUUUAGGCAAGCUACUACAGGCCUCCAUUUCCUCAUUUAUAAAAUGAGAAGAAUAAUAGCUGUCUCAUCAGAUAGUUGUAAGGGUAUAUGAAAAUCAUCCAUUUCUAGCACCUAGUAGGCAUUUUUAAAAGGCAGCUUUUAUAUGAUGCAUGAUGACAUAUGUAAUAUAUUCAUAUAUAUAGGCACAGAAGCAUUACAUAGAUACAAAUGUAAGAGGAAAUCUUUGCUAGACUUGCUUAUCCACAAUGAAAAUAUUAGGGAGGAGAAGGAGAAGUCGUGAAUAUGAAAAAUCAAAAGUGAAAUGCAAAGGAGGUCUCUGGGGCUGAGGGUCAACUCUGUCCCUAUUCUGCCAUCAGUUAGGGUGAUGGCGGUGACAAGGAAGAGGGCUUGGCGAUCUAUUUUUAGAUCGUUUUAGGUUAGAAAGAAACCUAAACAAAUUGGUUUGAAAUCCUAGCUCCUGGAACCAUAGAGUUACUCUGCAGUAACAUAUAGACUUAAUUACCAAGCCUCCUUGCCAAGGUAAACAAAACAGGGCCACUGAGAAGAAAUUGUCCAUCUCCAACUGAAAAUGCAGAGAAUAGCUACUAGUUACCUAGGCGAUGGAUGCUUGCACAGAGCAUGGGCGUGGAAAAGGGACUCCCCUCCCAACAAAAAACCCUGUUUGUACUUGGUCAACAACACCCCCUCCGUCUUAUUUACUUGGAACAUUCCAGUCACCUCCCUGCGGGAAUUCUCCCUAGUUAAUGAGGACUCCGCACUCCCAGGGAACGUUACAGCUUAGCUGCAAAAGACUGUCUUCCUGGGCAUCUUCAUUUUAAGAUAAAUGCCUUGGUGGUGACCUUUUUCACCCUCCACUGGAAAGACCGAUUCUUUCAGAAGAAUCUUAUGGCGAGAGCCUUAUACGACAAUGUCCCAGAGUGCGCUGAGGAGCUGGCCUUUCGCAAGGGAGACAUCCUGACGGUCAUAGAGCAGAACACGGGAGGACUAGAAGGAUGGUGGCUCUGCUCCUUGCACGGCCGGCAAGGCAUUGUCCCAGGCAACCGGGUGAAGCUUCUGAUUGGCCCCGUGCCGGAGACCUCCCCCAGUCCGGACCAGCCUACUUCUGGACUGAUGCACCAGACCUUCAGCCAACAGAAGCUCUAUCAGGUGCCAACCCCCCAGGGUGCCCCUCGAGACACUAUCUACCAAGUGCCACCUUCCUACCAAAAUCAGGGAAUUUACCAAGUACCCACUGGCCAUGGUACCCAGGAACAAGAUGUAUAUCAAGUACCACCUUCAGUGCAGAGAGGCGUUGUGGGGGCUAAUGGUCCCCACUUAAGCAAAAAGGUGAUCAUGCCAGUGAGGACAGGCCACGGCUAUGUGUACGAGUACCCAUCCAGACAGCAGAAGGACGUCUACGACAUCCCGCCUUCCCAUUCCCCGCAAGGGGUCUAUGACUUCCCUCCGUCAUCAGCGAAGGGCCCUGUGUUUUCAGUUCCAGUGGGAGAGAUUAAGCCCCAAGGGGUGUAUGACAUCCCUCCUACCAAAGGGGUCCACGCCGGGCCUCCAGCUGCCUGCAGAGAUGAGGCCGGGCUUAGGGAGAAGGAGUACGACUUCCCCCCUCCCCUGAGACACGCCGGAAGGCCGGACGUCAGGCCCGAGGGCGUCUAUGACGUCCCCCCAGCCAGCAGCAAGCCCGGGGCCAAGGACCUUCCCCGGAAGCUCACCUGCGAGGCCCCGGGAGCGGCCGACCUGCCGCGAAGACACCCGAGCCUCGCCCUGCCCGCCCCCGCCCCGCAGCCGGCGCCGCCCCUGGGCGCCCAGAGCGACGCCUACGACGUCCCCCGGGGGGCGCAGUUCCUCCAGCCGCCCGCAGAAAGCCGCGAGAAGGCGCAGCUCGAGGAGAGGGACGGGGUGUACGACGUCCCGCUGCACAACCCGCCCGACGCCAAGGGCUCCCAGGACGUGGUGGACGGCAUGAACCGCCUGUCUUUCUCCAGCACGGGCAGCACCAGGAGCAACAUGUCCACGUCCUCCACCACCUCCAAGGAGUCCUCCCUGUCGGCCUCCCCAUCCCAGGACAAAAGGCUCUUCCUGGACCCAGACACGGCCAUCGAGAGGCUGCACCGGCUCCAGCAGACCCUGGAGACGGGCGUCUCCAGCCUGAUGGCGCUGGUCACCACUGAGUGGCGGUGCUACGGGUACAUGGAGCGGCACAUCAACGAGCUGCGCACGGCCGUGGACAAGGUGGAGCUGUUCCUGAGGGACUACCUCCACUUCGCCAAGGGCACGGUGGCCAAUGCCGCCUGCCUCCCCGAACUCAGCCUCCACCACAAGAUGAAGCGGGAGCUCCAGAGGGUGGAGGACUCCCACCAGAUUCUGAGCCAGACCAGCCAUGACUUAAAUGAGUGCAGCUGGUCCCUGAACAUACUGGCCAUCAACAAGCCCCAAAACAAGUGUGAUGACCUGGACCGGUUUGUGAUGGUGGCCAAGACGGUGCCGGAUGAUGCCAAGCAGCUCACCACAACCAUCAACACCAACGCAGAAGCGCUCUUCAUACCCGGCCCUGGCAGCUCCCAGGGGAAAACUGGGCCCGAGAACACCGAGUACCCUCACACGGGCUCCCAGAUGCACCUGCUGCAUCCCGGGGACCAUAAGACUCCCGGUCUCAACAAGCCAUUGCCCCCGAGCCUGGGCAAGGACCAGCCCCCUGACUGUAGCAGCAGUGAUGGCUCGGAGAGGAGCUGGAUGGAUGACUAUGACUACGUCCACCUCCAGGGUAAGGAGGAGUUUGAGAGGCAACAGAAAGAGCUCUUGGAAAAGGAAAACAUCAUCAAGCAGAACAAGAUGCAGCUGGAACACCACCAGCUGAGUCAGUUCCAGCUGCUGGAACAAGAAAUCACCAAGCCCGUGGAGAACGACAUGUCCAAGUGGAAGCCCUCCCAGAGCCUCCCCACCGCCAGCAGCGGCGCGGGCGCCCAGGACAGGCAGCUGCUGUGCUUCUACUACGACCAGUGCGAGACCCACUACAUCUCGCUGCUCAACGCCAUCGACGCGCUCUUCAGCUGCGUCAGCUCCGCGCAGCCGCCGCGCAUCUUCGUGGCGCACAGCAAGUUCGUUAUCCUCAGCGCGCACAAACUGGUGUUCAUCGGGGACACGCUGACGCGGCAGGUGGCCGCCCAGGACAUCCGCAACAAAGUCAUGAACUCCAGCAACCAGCUCUGCGAGCAGCUCAAGACGAUCGUGUUGGCCACCAAGACGGCCGCGCUGCACUACCCCAGCACCCCGGCGCUGCAGGAGAUGGUCCACCACGUGACCGACCUGUCCCGCCACGCGCAGCUCUUCAAGCGCUCGCUGCUGGAGAUGGCCACGUUCUGAGACGGCCCGGGGGGCAGCGGGCCGCCGCGGACACCUGGACGCGGGCUCUGGUUUUGGUAAAGCGUCUCUAUUUUUGUAGAUAUUUGAUACGAAAAUGAACUUUUGUUAACAUUCUGUGGGUUAGCCAAUAUUCAGAAAUUCAGGGAGCUCCCGGGGAGACUUUCUUUUCUUUGCUUAUGCACACACCUGAGCAUCUGAGUUGGAGAGUGUACAGAAUCUCGUCUGCGUGCGUGGGUAGGACUGUGUCUUCGUGUCCGUUUGUCUCAUACAUUCCAUUAAAAACCAGAAGUAAGACGCACCUUGGGAGGCACCUCCCAAUGCUGCUUUUUUUUUUUUUUUCUUUUUCUAUGAAACAUACCAGCUGAUUGUAAUUGCUACAUGUACUCGUGAUUAUUCUGAGCCUGUCACUCCCCGGUCUGGGACACAUAUCUGCAGGUGUUCACUUUCCAGUAAGGUGGCAUGGGAUGCCUUGUUUCUGUUUUUGAAACCCCUUCCUAAUUUGGCCGUCUUGGGCACAUUAUGGCAAGAUGCCUCAUGUCUGGCUGAAAAAGCCCUCUGAGAGGGGACGUUGCAGUGAGUAUAUGCUAAUCCAAACUCUGAUGUGUUCAGUGCUGAAGGAGUGACGCAUGUAUUUAGAGGCCACGUCCGCAGUUAGGGCUGGGAGGUGUCAGCACGGACAGGAUGCUGUCCCAGUAAAAGGAGAGCACGUGUUUCCCCGGGGCUUUUUGCUCAUCGGCCUUCGGGAGUGAUUGGGCCAGAUUUUCCAGAAGAUGUUUUUAGAUUUGUAAAAAUCAUGAUUUGCAGCAGGAAUUCACAAAGACACGUCCACAAAAAGAAGGAUGCUCCCAUCUGCCAGUUGUCGGUGGACACCUUUCUGACUCGUGACAUUCCCUUAGGUGCUACUACCCCCAUCAGCCGAGGGAAGCUGGCCACCUGAACGUCAGAGCCACCAGGCCACAUCCUGCUCUAAGGGAACCAGUGCUUGAUCCUCUACCCUCCAUAAAAUGUGCAUGUGCAGACUCGACACUCAGAACAGCUGUAUGGAACCCAUCCAGGCUUUACAGCUGUCUGGCCAAUGACCCUGUCUCCAAGCUCGUCACAGCAUCCAUUCCGCCGUCUGUCCUUGCGUCCUUGCGUACGUGCUGGGGGUUGGCAGCGCGCAAACACCCCACAAGCCACCGGAUUCAUCAUGGGACAAAUGAUAUAUUCGCAUAUCCCUAAGUCAGGAAGAGGAUCAUCAGUGGUUUAUCAGUCCUGUUUCUAUUUAAUGGUCCUGGUCCAGCCAAUUUGAAAAUGUUUUGGUUUGCAAUAUAUGCCUUGACUUAAUUAAGCUUCCCUGUUUUAAAUAGCCAAAUCAUUGGCACAGGAAGGGAUUUAGGAGAGAGGGAUGUGUGAUCUAAGUGAGAUUUAAAAAAAAAAAAAUCGGUGAUACUUAUCAUAGAAGGUGCUUUUCAAAACAACCACUGUUGCAGCUCUCAAUCCUGCUCUGCCCAAAGAAGUCGUUAUAGGACAAGUGUGUGCAGCCAGAGGAAGGGGGUUUGCUGAAAAUCAAGGAAGUGGUUGAAAAUGUCCUUGUAAAUUUCAUUGUAUAAUGUGUAUUUCUUGGGAAAUGACGGACUUAUUCUAAGCUAAGUGGUGACAUUUCACAUUUUCAAAACCAAAAUGUUCGAUAUGUAUUACUCUCUUUCCUAUAUUGUAUGUAGAGACUAUUUUUAAAUCAUUAAAUUUUUAGAUGUCUGUUUUUAUAGGCA